AUGCUGAGCGCAAAGAAUAAGUUCGAAAUUGCUAGGAACAGAUCCUGCAGCAGCAUAAGGGAAAAUCUUAUGUGUUCAUCUGUCAUUUUGAAAAACUCAAGUUGCCUCCUAAAGAGUAGCCCCGCAUUUGAGAACACCACACAGUUGGAGAGGCGAGGGGAAGUCCUCCAGGAUGACAUGGGUUCCACGGAGGAGGGUCUUCUCAGAGAGAAAAAUGCCAAGGAAUUGUACCAGUAUCUGUACACAAAUGGAGUCAACCCCGACGAUGGGGUUAUCUUUACAUCAAACGAAUGGGGGAAGGACCACGAUGUGAAUAAAGAAUUUAAAAAAGGAAUCCUUUACGACAAAGUUGUUAUGUCUAAUAGGACAUACAACACUGCCGUGGAUAGUGUACACAGAAAUUUUCAAACAAACAAACUAGAGAAUGUGGUUAACUCGAUAAAGUUUGAAGAAAAUACGAGCAUUAAAAUUCCUUCCUAUUUGAGGAGCUCCCCGCUGCAUGUCCUCUAUCCCGAGCUGGACUAUCUCCAGGGUGCACGGGAAGAAGCUCAACCGGGGGGACGCGGCGACGCGGGGGGAGCAGCGGAAGGAGCGGAAGGAGCGGACGCAGCGGACUCAGCGCAGGCACCACCCCUUCCCAAGCAACCCCUUCCCCAGCAACGUGAGUCCCACCUCGCGCAAAACAAAAACCUCAACAGCUACCUCAGGUACAGCCUAAACAACAGCCACACGACAGGGAGAAACAGAAUGUAUGACUACUUCGAGUCGAACAAAAAAAACAUGGUGGAGAUAGCCAACCCGAACGACCUGAACCACACACUCCUGUACACAAAGAAGAAUAGCCCUACCGAGCUUAUCCUCAAUUUAUACAAAAACAGGUACGUCACGAGCAGCAGCAAUCAUACGGACAAUGAGCUCAACACUCUGAAUACUCUUAAAAGGUUGAAAAUGCCAAUCAUCGAAAAAAACGAAAAAGGAGAAAAUAUUGUUGCCAUUACAUCGGAAGUUAACGCUAAAAGGAGAGUAAACCUUUUGGAAAAUGGUGACACUAGUAAAGAAAGGAACGCGGAAGGUGCGAAGCAAGUGAGUAGGGGAGGCAAACCCAAUUAUACUGUAUCCCUUAUUGAUAUGACCUCUACCGACAAGGCAUCCCUAAAAACAGUCUACCUCAAUAACGACAAAACUGGAGGGGGAAAAAAAAAUUUUUUUCAAUUGAAGAAAAAGACACACAAAGAUGUACAGGUGCAAACGAAUAACGGCGAUUUUGAGCAAGCUGCUGAAGGCGAUGUCGACUCGGAUGUUGAGCGAGUCCUCAGCAUCCUGGAAGGAAAGAAAAAAAAGGCUUCCUCGGAAGAUACGCAGGUAAGGAACUCCACUCGGAAAGGGGAAAAAGGGAAGUUCUACAUUUCGUACUGUGAUUUGAAGGGGCCAGGCGAGAGCGGUGAAGAGACGCCAACUCGCAGUGAUGACAGUGGGGAGGCGGACCUAGUGGGCGAAGCGGAUGAAGUGAACGAAGCGGAUGAAGCGGACGAAGCGGACGAAGUGAACGAGGCGGACGAAGGGGGCCAAGCGGACCAAGUGAUCGGGGCGAAGACGGAGAGACAUGCUAACCCCAACGCAGAUACAACGGCUUGCAAAAGCGUAUCACAGAAUGGCCACCCCAGAAUGACCCAAGCUAUGCAGAAAUACAACCAGUUCUUGCGAACGAGAAGAUCCCGUGGGAGACUAAACGGGACAGUAUUAAAAGAGCAGUUAAGAGAACCCCGUCGGAGUGGCCCCUUUAUUGGGGGGGAGGCUCAUUUGAAGGGGGCCAAAACUCCACAUGGCAGUGGUAACGAUAGGGGCAAAGAACCAAGUGGAUGGGAUGGAAGUCCCUCCCGAAGAUAUAACCCUAUGGAUAAAAUAACCAUGGGAUGGUCUAGUCCCCUAGCAGGAGGACGUCCCCCACUCUACCUCGGUGGAAACACGAAUAAAGCUAUUCUGAUCCCGAAGGUCUCCCCUCCCUGGGUUCAAUAUGCACCGGGAGAGGCCUUUACUAGUGCAUCUUUCACGGGGUCUAAAUUCCGUAGGGAGAAUUCCCCCGCUGACAAUAAUGCCGUUACCUAUGACCCCUCCAUUGGGAAGCUCCCCGAUGUCUGUCCCAACGAAUUGAGGCAUUAUAAACCCAAACCAAGCAGAGUAUGUAUGUACAUUAAAAAUGGUGUCCCUGGGGGAUGCAUCCAAAGAUGUGAUAUAGAUCGGUCUGGCGAGGAAAGGAAACAUACAACUGCAAGUGAUGAGGAAUGCGAGAAGGAGAAAAUCACAAACGAUCUGCUACUCAAAAAAUUGUACAUUGAAAAAAAAAGGCAGCUCUACGAAAAGAGGAAGUUCGAAAGGGCCAUUGCCAGCAUGCUGGAGAGGAGAGCUGCGUUGAGGGAAAGGGCCAGGGACAAGUACAGCGGUCUGGUGAGUCUCCAUGGCGGUGCUAACGUUGUUGGCCAUGGUGAGGUUGCUGACCAUGGUGAGGUCGCUAACCAUGGUGACGGACCUCCCAGCAGCGCCGAGUGGAAACGCGCUACCCUUUUGAGAACCCUCAGAUGUGCAAGGAGUCGCCCAGGUGGAACUUACAAACGAGCGCGUGGGUCUGGAUCCUGGAGGGAUACAACCCAGUGGGGCCACGAGAAGGGUCACGUCAGCAGCUGCAGUAACGUAAACUUGUACUCGUCAAAUGAAGAGUCGGACGGCGGCUUCGGCAAGAGGACGCACAACGCAGCGCGGAAUUGCAGUGCGCAAGAUGGGCGCAGAGGAGUGGCUAGUCAACUCGCCGAGCCGGGCCAACCAGGCGAAUCAGGCCAAGCAGGAGAACAAAACUGGGUUAACACCAUCUCACCGAGAACACCCAUCGAAGAAGCGAUUAAGGGAAGACGCUCCGAUAAGUCGACAAAUGAAUGGAGCAACGGAGGGGGUGUCCACAAGUCCAUCCCAAAGAUUUCCCCCAAGUUUCCCACCAAAAUUUCCACCAAGUUUUCCCCCAAGUUUUCCCCCAAGUCAUGGAGGGGGAGAGGCCGCCGAUGCGCGGCGGACGAUAAAAGGCUCAGGUCGAUGUCCUACAAAAACAGGGUAUCCACUUUGAGCGUCCUGGAGAAAAGCAUUCAGUCAUUGAAGGAACACGCAAAGAGGAAUAUCAUCCGUGGUGGUAACAAAAGUGACGAAGAAAGUGACAUCAUUAGGAGGGAAAUUAAAAGGUGUGUAGAGCGAGGUGGCUAUGAAGAGUCAGACAACGAAACAGAGGAUGAGCCAAGUGGAGGAAGCACAGACGCAGGAAAAACACACCUCGUGGAUGAAAACAAAUUUUGUGAAAAUGACCAAAAAGGUGGAAUAAAAAUUACGUAUAAUUUAGGAAGAAUCGUGGAGAAAAGGGGUAAUUGCCCUUCACAUGAAUGGGUUCAUGCCGAAAAUAAUUUCAUCUCUCCAAUAAAUGAUAUGAAAGGACUCAUCGAUGAGAACCAGUACGACUGUAAUGAAGACCAAAUGGAUGAGCACAGCUGCAAAGGGAGGGACUCACAAACAGAACACAUUCAUAGGGAAGGCGAUUCUUAUUUAAGUAUAAGGAGGGACGAAAAAAGGGAAACCUCCCCCGCGGAAAAAAAAAAUAACACAAUAGGAAUCAGCUCAGUUACAAAUGGUGAAUUCCAGAACAGAAAGACCAACGAAUCAGACAAUUUAUUCAGAGUAAAAAUAACAAUAAAGAAAGCCGAUGAAAGAGGAAAGGAACUAGACAAAGGGAGUAGUAACAUGGAGGAGGGUUCCAACCCUAACCACUAUGUUCUACAUGAGAAUGUGCAGAGUAUGGGUUCUUCUUCCUACAAAGAAAAUGCAAGCAAUGGAUGCAUCAAACGUACAGGAUUGGUACCAAAAGAGAAAGGAAAUUUCAGCGACACGGAAGUGGCCACUAGGAAGAGAAACGCGGAGAGGCUGACAAAAAAGGGGGAUGAGUCAAAUGACCACCCAAGAAGCAAAGCCUUCCUGAGGAAGAAUGACGGCCAUGGAGGUGGAGACUAUUUAAAGAUCAAGAAAAAAGAAUUCGCAAAUAUGCGAAGCCAUUCGCAUUCGAAGUUCUCCAACCAGGCAGAAGGAAGCAGGGAGACAUUACCCGGUAUUGAGGUCACCUCCAAAUGCAACUCACCCCUAUGUAGAGGUCGAUCCAACGAGACGAACCAGGUGCUUGACUUGGAACGUAUUGACCCCAACAAGUGGAUACAAAAAAUUUUUGGAGAUACGCACUGA